AUGUCCACGACGCCAUCAAGGCCACUCAAUUUCAUCGCCAAAAUCGGGGUUCUGGGUAGGGGUCAGUGCAGGUCCAACUUGAAAUGUCCGCCUCACGUAGCCGUGCCGUUUCCUGCCGUUUUCUAUAGCUACAGCACUGGCAAUGGACGCAUCUCCAAUGACUCUCCUAGCCCUUAUGUGGGCCUCGUAGACCUGGAAAAUUCGAUAUCUGCUCCGGAUGAAUCUACUGAAGCGAGUAGACGCAAACGACGCCACACUGUUCCAGAUCCAGGCUAUGAUGAACUUGACACCCGGAUAGAGAAUGAUGAGGAUCUGAAUUAUAGAUCCACCAAAGACCUUCGACGCAAAGAGAAAAAGAAAAGGAGGUCGACGUCGCCCAAAGCUCCACCAGGAGGCAGCUAUCGCAUCCCGCAACAAGGCCAGCUCCAGAUUGUCAUCAAGAACCCCAACAAGACCGCCGUCAAACUCUUCCUAGUUCCAUACGAUCUUUCCGACAUGGAGCCAGGCCAGAAGACCUUUAUUCGCCAGCGCAGCUAUUCGGCAGGUCCAAUUAUAGACAUGCCACUCUCUUCUCGCAAGAACCUGGGUACAGAUUGUCCAGAGGCUUCUUUGAGCAAUUCCGACGAUCCUAACGAUCGACCGAUCUUGCGCUAUUUGAUUCACUUGCAUAUAUGUUGUCCAUCCAAAGGUCGCUUUUACCUCUACAAAACCAUCCGUGUUGUAUUUGCCAACCGUGUACCGGACGGCAAGGAGAGGCUCCGCAAUGAGGUUCAGAUGCCAGAGCCCCGGUACAACGUGUACAAACCAACAAGAGAUUCCCUGGCAUCCCAGGUGCCUUCGUCUGCUGCAGCGCAGCUUGCGUCCGACAAAGCACUACGUCGGGCUAGUGCUGGACUGUCAUUGUCACAACAUGCCUACGCCAAGGCAGGCGGUACUGCAUCGAGACACUGUCCGCAUCUUCCUCCACCAGCCGUGAAGUUUACAGGCGGCCCUUCUCCUAACGCAGAUCUUAGCUCUCCCAUGCCUGAUAUGGGGCCGAUCCCAUUUAAUUUGACCCGCAUUCCUUCAAUACCAUCUCGGCCGGUGUCUCGAGAGCUCAUGGAUGUUGACGGGGCGAGCUCCUUCAGACCGCGGAAUCGAUGCGCUUCGCCGACUGCUUUAGGAUCUUCGAACCCUGCCAAUGACAACACAGCUUUCGAAAAGCUGAACAGGGGCGACGUAGGCUACGGAGGCAACGCAUUCUGCGGCGUCGGAGCUUCACCUAUGUCUCCCGGCGCCGGACUGCUAGCUAGACGACUUCGAGGGCUCGAUGUUGAGCCAGAUGAUGACUUCAUUUCCUAG